UAGAAGUUGACAAAAUGAGCCCCGGAGGGUAGGACCAGUGAGGUAUCGGUGCUCACUGACCAUUUGAUAAUGGGUUCUAGGAGUCCUGGGGUCUUUCUUAGGGUGGCCUGUCCAGUUUCUCAGCCCCUCUGCCUCUCCCCCAGGAUGGAGUCUGAGGCUGCCGCCCAGCUGGAAAGACAGCACGUCCACGAAGUCUACGAAAGCACAGCAGCCUGCUUCAGCGACCUGCAGGGCAAAGCCUGGCCGCGGGUCCGCCAGUUCCUGUUGGAGCAGAAACCCGGCAGCCUCGUUGCAGACAUAGGUUGUGGGACUGGGAAGUAUCUCCGUGUCAACAGCCAGGUGUACAAGCUGGGCUGCGACUACUGCGGGCCUCUGGUGGACAUCGCCCACAGCAGGGGAUGUGAGGUCCUGGUGUGCGACAACUUGCGCUUGCCCUUCCGAGACCGCAGCUUCGACGCUAUCAUCUCCAUCGGCGUGGUCCACCACUUUUCCACAGUGGAAAGGCGGACCCGCGCUGUGCAGGAGAUGGCCCGCGUGCUGGCGCCCGGGGGACGCGUCAUGAUCUACGUCUGGGCCAUGGAGAAGAACCACCGGCACUUUGACAAGCAGGACGUGUUCAUCCCCUGGAACCCCGCCCUGUGUUCCCAGUUCCUGCCGGAGCCGGUUCUCGCAGGGCGGAAGUGUGGGUGCGCACCCCCCAGGCCCGCCUCCAGCGGGCCCCCCGGCCGCCUGGCCUGCUCUGUCUGUGGCUACCCCCUGUGCCUUCAGAAGAGGCCGGUGUCCCGGCGCUCCCACAGCCUGGACGGCUCCGGGCCUCCCGGCUGCUGCGGGAAGCUGGCAGAGGUGAGGGAUGAGGACGGCGGUUUCUACAGCAUCCUCGGGAGGUCAUUUCGCUCCUGGUUUUUCUCCCGAUCCUUGGAUGAAUGUUCCCUAAAGGAGCAGGUGGAGAUAGCUGGACGCGCCACAGAGGAACUGGCCCCGUGUCACCCCGUGUCUGUCCAGCCGUCAAAGCUCCAUCACCUGGACCUCAGGGAUCAGGAGCCGUUGUCAAAAGAACAAGAUGGUCCCACUGACCCUGGGCUCGUACAAACCCCACAGAGUCCCUCAGGAAGGCCCCGACUCAGAGAGACCCACAAAGACACUCAGACCCAGCAACAAGAGGGCCGUUCUCUCAGGCAACGGGCAGCGGAGCUGAACUGCAGCUCAGCCCACUCUGCGGGCACAGGCAAACCGGCCCCCGGCCAGCUCUGCCAAAGGACUUCCCUGCCCCCUCCCUUUCUCAGCCUGGCAGCCGCCGUGCCCACCGGGGCCUCCCAGCCAGAGGCACUGAGCUCCUUCACCCGUUACUACCACGUGUUCCGAGAAGGGGAACUCUGCCGCUUGCUGGAGCAGCACGUGCCGGAGCUCCAGGUCCUCAGUUCCACCAACGAUCAUGGUAACUGGUGCAUCGUUGCAGAGAAGAAGCCUGAGAUGUUGGCCCAAUGAGUAGGUGGCUUAGAGAAGACGCUCAUGGAAAGAAAGGCCUGGGGCUUGCUUCAGGGGCGGCUCCUAUAAAGGCCUGCCUGCUGCGGUUUUUCCACUGAGACGUGGGCAGGGGGUAGGGGUGAGGAGAUGGGCAAGGGGCUCCUUUAUUCCCCUUUUCCUCUAGUUCUCAGAUAGGGAUGUUACCUUUAAAAACCAGCAUCUUCCUUCAGUCACCAUCAGCAUCUCUUUUUAAAAUUGGGAUUUUUCCUUUAGUCCACCAUGAAUCCUUUUACAAAUCCCCUGCCAGAACUGCCCCAGGGAGCACAUAGAAAUGGGACUAGAGUCAGUGCCCUGGCCUGGAGUGAGUUAGGGUAAAUGGGGCGGGAAGGGGCAGGGGGUGUAGCAGAUGCCCAAGUGUGGGGGUGGGGCAGGAGAGGUCUGCCUGCAAGGUCUGCAGGGACACUGGCGGGAGCUAGGAAAGACAGCCGGACAACAACAAACCCAGGUCUCUGCCCCGAAACAAAGUCUCUUGGAGACUGGAGACCUUGGGAGUUAGAUUUUCUUUAAAGAAGCCGUGAAGCAUCAUUCAUACUUUUAUUAUGACUUUUGAUUUUUUUUAAACUACGCUUUUAUUUUUGAAUCUUUCUCUCCUUUUUCCACCACUCAGUGAGCCACCCUUUGUAGCAAAGAAUGAAAAAAAGAAGACUCAAAGAAAUCUAAAAACCCCAGCUGAGGCUGGAAAUAGUGUUCCAUACCCAUAGUCCCGCACCCUUACCCAGAAGGAGGGAGAGAAGCCCAUUUCUCAUCUCUUUUGGGGGGCUUAGUUUAAUCAUUAUAAUUGCACAGGAUUCAUUUUGGGGUGUGGAUUCUCAUCAUUUCCAUGUCUGUAACCACUGGGGCUGUGGGACUUUUUUGUGGCCCUCGUGGUCUUCUGGGCUUUUAUCAGGGAGAUGAUUUGGCAGAUUUGUAUUUUUUCUCCUUUACUCCCAGGGAUACUUGCCUUAUGUACUUUUCUCAUGUCUUAAUGAGAAUUCAGAAGGAUGUGAAUUCAUAAGUGAAAACCAGAUUGGAUUCUCCUCAGGUGAACCAUUGAGCAGACAUGGAGCUAGACUCACUUUGCAAAAAAAGAUCUGAGCACUGGGCAUUCAGCAACUUUUUGGCCAGAUCCUCGGCCCGGCCAGUCCCUCCCACUCCACCCUCUUCUCAGAGAGCUGUAGUCAUGUCUCGUUCCUUAACCAUCUUCUGGUCAGCCUCAUGGUCUCUGCUGCACUCAUAUCCUGCGCCAUCUCCCUUAAGUUCUAGAACCUCCAUACAAUUAUUCCUACCAUAACAACUGCUAAAGGUGUAUCAUCUCGUCCCCUGUGUCUCUACUCAGUCCCCUAUAACUUAGCAAGCAAAACUACUCCCCAAAUUCCCCCCCACACCUACGAGUCGCGUCUCCUCCUCUCAGAACUCUCUGAGGGCAGGCGCUGUCGUGGCUUGGUAUCUGUAUACCAAGCCACGUUGCUGACACAAAGAUAGAGCUUCAUAAAUGUGUUUUAUUCAUCCAUCCAUUCAUUCACCCUCACAGUUAAGAUUCCAGUGAUACUUGAUUCCACAGAAUUUGAUGUGUGAGGAAACAACUGUCUUUUAUCGAGAAGGUAAUGAAGAUUUGCCUCUUUCCAGCUUGAUGAAAAGGAAUUUUGUCAACACAUUUGUUCAUCUUAUUAAAGUAAAAUCUAAGUUGGAAUAAGGCUGUAACUGGGUUAAAUGGAGGGCAGCAGAAACAGACUUUGCCAUCAAUGUGAUUUGAGAGGUUCCCUUCCUGAGGAGAAAGUUGCCAGUUAACAAUGCGCCCUUACCCAAUGGGUUGGUGCUAUCCUGGAUGGCAAGGCAAGUGCCAUUUUUGUCCAACAAAUUCACCUAAAUAAUGACUUUGGGGUAGUUAUUUUUCUUCAGAGACACUCAAGAGACCUGGAAUUUGAAUUCAAAAUCCAGAUAGUGAGUCAGUUAUUAAACAGUUACUAUGAUGAGUGAAAAAUAGUCCCUGUUCUCAAGUACUCAUAGUCCAACGUGGAAGACACCAUGCAAACAACCAUAUACAAGAUAAAGGGGAAACAAUUUACAGUGGAGGAGUGGAAACAGGAGGAGCUGGAGAAGGCUUUUUGUAGGCGGUGGGAGGUUAGUUGAGACUUAAAGAAGGUCAGUGGACACAGCAGAGGAAAAAGCAUUCCAGACCUGGGGGAGAGCCAGAGAGAAUGCUCAAAAUUUUUGUUUGUGAAUGUGAAAUAUUUGUGAAACAGGAGGUUGAUGUCACUGGCUAGUUAGGAAAUGAGGUAUAAAAAGAUCGGAACAGUUGGGGUGGAGGUUGUGAAGGACUUGAAAAGCCAGAGGACUUUAAAUUUGAACCUGGAGGUAGUUCUACAAGCUCCUGCCUGGAUGGAGGGGAAGGGAAGGUCGGAGCCACUAGUUCUUCCCAAAACUUCCCAGAGCCCAAGAUGUUCUCCUUAGCCAUGAAGAGUUACCUGGCUGUACCCAUCAUGCCUUUGUGUUUCUUGAAUCUUGUGUGCUCAUGUACAUACCAGCAAACUAUUGGAAAAACCUGUCCUACUCAUAGCCUCUGAGGGGAGAAUCCCUCCACUAGAACCAGUUUAUGAGACUUGCCAUGGAGGAAUCACCAUUCUCCAUUGACUUCUCCCUUUAGAAAUAAAGCUCCUUGAAAGUGGGGUCUGUCCUGCUUUUUGUAUUUGUAGAGCCAGUGAACAUCACUGUGCUUGGCCCACAGUAAGUGCUUAAUAAAUGCUGACUCAUUCAUUAAUUCACUCA